UAGAAGUCAGUCUGGUGUUUGAUGGGGAUCCGGUGGGCAGAGUGCAGUGGAAAUUCGAGGGUCUAGAUUUUACCGGCGAAUUCAUUUCGGCAUUCAGUUCGCCGGAUAUUCGAUAAGCUCACUGCUUAGUCGCUAAAUCCGAUCCAUAUUCUUUAGUACUAUGUUUUGCAUUUAUUGUGAAUCUGAUUUAGCAGUGAGCUAUAUAAAAUGAUGAUCAUUGUAGCCGCAUUGGUUCUCGGUGUGUUGUUUGGCGCUCUGAUUUUAAUCCCACGCGACCGUAAGCUUGGAAAUGCACAAAAGGUUCAAUUAAAUUCUACCAACAAGGCAUCUAAAGUGUACGGUAAAGACGAGGUCUCGGUUCAUAACAAGAGAACUGAUUGCUGGAUCAUUAUCAAGAACAAGGUGUAUGAUGUUACGUCUUAUGUUGAAGAACAUCCAGGAGGAGAUGCCAUCCUAGCACAUGCUGGGGAUGAUUCUACAGAAGGGUUUUAUGGGCCACAACAUGCAACUCGAGUCUUCGACAUGAUCGACGACUUCUAUGUUGGAGAUCUGAGGCUGUAAUAUCCAAGAAACAUCUGGCUUUGCGCUAUCACGUAGAGGACGUAUUUCGCAGCGUUCCAGCUCUAGAGAUGCCUUUCAGGGAAGAUAUCUAAUGAUUUGAAUUGUCUGGUUAGCAUUCUUGCGAUGUUGUAACAUUUGUAGCUGUACACUUUCAUUUAGAUCUUCAACUUUGUAGUUUUAUCUCUUUAGUUUGAAUUUGUUCUUUCUUUUUUCAUGAUUGCAAGAGGAGAGAAACUUUUCAUAGUGGUCUAUUUUGAUGUU